GUCAGCUCACGUCGCGCACGUCACAGAAUAGUUGGAUCGGUUGGAGUCGGUGAGUUUUGUUGGGAAAAGUCUGCAGACGGCAGGCAGCCGGAGGGAGCAGAGCUGUCAGUCAUCCCAGGGAGCUGCGGUGCGCGAGAGUGUCCGGGCUGGGCUGGGCCGGGCCAGACCGGACCGGACAGGACAGGACAGAGCGGGAGAGUCAGACUCCACCACUUCACAGCCAAGUGUGUCCCACCAUCAGCCGAGUGCAGCUUCUUUUUUUCCCCCCUCAGGCUUGAACAGGGAACUGGGGAAAGAGAGAGAGAAGGAAAAGAGUACCUGGGCUGUGCUGGGAAGUUGCUUCAUACUUACUGGGCUGGGUUUGAGAGAGACGAUCCCGGCUGGUCUUCCAUCGUCAUUUGCAGCCCUUAUUGCGAGCAAGAAGAUGAGCGGCGGCGAUAUCGUCUACAACGGCUGGCUGAGGAAAUCUCCACCGGAGAAAAAGUUGAGACGUUACGCAUGGAAGAAGCGUUGGUUUGUACUUCGAAGUGGCCGUCUGACUGGAGAUCCAGAUGUGUUGGAAUACUACAAAAAUGAUCAUGCAAAGAAACCGAUCCGUGUCAUUGACUUGAAUCUUUGUGAGCAAGUGGAUGCUGGGCUGACCUUUAAUAAGAAGGAUCUUGAGAACAGUUACAUUUUUGAUAUCAGAACAAUUGACCGUGUCUUCUACCUGGUAGCAGACACUGAAGAAGAAAUGAAUAAGUGGGUUCGAUGUAUCUGUGAUAUCUGUGGGUUCAAUCCUACUGAUGAGGAUGCAGUUAAGCCAUCGAAUCCCUCUGGUAAUGCUGGUACUGAGGUACCUCUUUCAGUACAGCCUUCUGUACGGCCAGCAGUUUGCAUGGGCUCGCUACCUCCCCCCUAUCAGCCGAUCAGCGUGCGACAUUUAGAAUCGUUAUCCAGUCAGGAAGAUCCACAGGAUUAUCUGUGGUUAGCCAACUGUGAAAGUAAAAAGCCUGAACCUGCCAGCCGAACCUCAUCUUUUGCCACAGAAGAGGGGGACGAGUAUCUUCUGCUGGAAGAUUUUGAAAGCAAAAAGCAUCCGUUUCACAACCAGUUGCAUACAGAUUCUUUGACCAAGUCCACCUCAUCAGAAACUGACUGCAAUGACAAUGUACCUUCACACAAGCCCCCGGCACCUCCUGCAUCUAAACAGGCUAUGAAUGGCUUCUUUUCUCAGCAAAGUUUUUAUGAUUCUCCCCCACCCAGAGUUACUUCCACGUCCACAGAUUCAAGUCUUUAUAACCUGCCAAGGAGUUAUUCUCAAGACAUAAUUGCUGGAACUUGCUCUCCAUUGGCUGCUGAUAGUGAAGGAGAUUUAUAUGUAUUUAAUACACCCUCACGGAUAUCUGGUAUAGAAAAUCAAAUGAGACAGAUGUCUGUCUGUUAUGACAUUCCUCCAACACCUGGAGGCACUUAUCAGAUUCCACGACCUUCUGUAGAGGGGACCCUGAGUCAAAGUUGCUCAAAGUUGGAACCUAUACCAGAUGUUCCUCCACCUCGCCCACCAAAACCUUCUCUCUCUCUUGACCGUUCUCCUGUGGACACCUAUUGUGUACCACGCUCAUCCUCAGAGGCCGACACUAAUUACAGCGUUCCUACGUCAGGCAAAACUCUUCGAAGCAAUACCAUUGGCACUGUGGAAGGCCAUUGGCUAAGAAAAGACUGCGGCCCUCAAGAUAGCUAUGAUAUUCCGAGAACAUUUUCAAAUUCAGUCGAUCUUGGGGAAGGGUUUAGUAGCUACCUACAAAAGAAGGGUAUGAUGCCACUGGCAAGUUUGUGUAAUGAAGAAGCUGACCAGAACUACGUACCCAUGGAUGCCAACUCUCCACCACGCCUACAGUCAAUCAGCCACACUGAACCAACCCAGGACACAAAUUAUGUAGCUAUGACACCUGGUCCUUUUGAUUUCCCCGCACUGGGAAUGCAGGUACCACCUCCAGCACACAUGGGUUUCAGGGUAAGCCCAAAAACACCUCCCAGGAGGGCAGUACCUACUGCUGAUUGUCAGCCACCGCCAGUGGACAGGAACCUUAAACCUGACAGGAAAGGUCAAAGUCCUAAAAUAUUAAGAGCUAAACCUAUUUUAGAACGAACUGAUACUCAAACCAUAGGUGACUUUACUCCAAGACGACACAAGGUUAAACCUGCCCCAUUGGAAAUUAAACCUUUACCUGAAUUUGAAGAAUUGCAGGAAUUAGCUCCAGUCAGAUCGCCAGUGACCAAAACUUUUACCAGAGAAAUCAGCCUCUCCAGGUUUCCUGUCAAUCCCCGACCAGCCUCCAUACACAGCACUGCUUCCAGCACUGAUUCACAGGAGGACAGUGAGGAGAACUACGUGGCCAUGGAGUCUGCUCCCUCCACAGACGAUCCAACCAUAAAACAAGGAGCACAGCAAUGUUCUGAUGGGGGAAGCAGUUUAACAAGAUCUAAAGGUGACAAACAACAAGUGGAGUACUUAGACCUGGAUCUAGACCCUGGAAAAUCAACACCACCUCGAAAGAAAAGCAAUGGUACAGGUACAGUACCAGCAGAUGAAAAAGUAGAUUAUGUAUUGGUGGACCAAGAGAGAACACUUGCACUGAAGAACACCAGAAAAGCAUGGACUGAUGAAAGACAGUCUACAGAGUCGGAGACCCCAGCUAAAAGUGCAAAGUGACCUCAUGCUGUCAUUUAAUAGACCAUCAUGCCUUGUUAAGAUGCCUUUACGUUCCUGCCACUAAUGGCCUUCUAGCCAGUGUGCCCUAAGCGAGUAAGCCAUCGAUCUGUUUAUAAAGCGGUCAGAAAUGAUUAAUGGCCAGUGACUCAAAACUUUACAUACAAGCAACAUACAUCAUCAAAAAGGGGAAAUUAUUGGAAUCAAGUUGAUAACUGUAAUUAAGUGCAAGUUGUGUGGAUUUUCAUGCAUUGUCUGUGGAGGCUACCUUUGACUCUGUAUGUUAGCUGCAUUUGGACUUUGGAUGCUUCAAGCGCUCUAAUGUUCAGUUUUAAAAUGCCAUUUGAAAGAGUUACUUCGGGUAUAAGGAGAAGCUGUUAGUAAUUGCAGGAAUCUGGCCUCAAAAGUCAAUCCCGUCUAUGUAGAAAAUAACUUCACGUUUUUUAAUUCUAGUCCAAAUCAUGAAAAAUUUUAAACAUCCAGUCUGAAAAACACAUUCUAGCUAAACUAAUUUUCUAAUUUUUUUUUAAAUUGAAGUCUAGAUUUAUUUAAGCUAGGUUUAGUUGAGGCAAUUUUUUGACACAUUAGACUUAACUAAAGUAGUUACAGUAGUACUACUAAUACAUCAUUCAAUCUCUAGAGCAACAUUGCUGGCAGUGACCUUUAGAUGACCAUUAUCAAUAAUUAUCUACAAAAAGAAAAUCCCAAAAAUCCCACCAAAUUCCUUUCCAGUUUUGAAAGCAGAAUGAACCAUAGAUACCAAUUAUUUCUCAUUCUUUGGUGUAUAUGUCAAAAUUGCUAAUGCAAAGGAGGUACACUCACUAAACAGUUGUUGAGUUCGUAGCUCUAGAAAGUUGAGAUUUUAUUCCUUUUGACAUGGUUUACAUGCCUGGAUUCAAAAGUAAACUUGCAGAGUGCAGAUUCUGCAGGGUAGAGUCGUGCAUUCCUUAUCACUGAUCCAGAGAAAAGCUAGUUUGAUAUUCCACAAAAUGGCUCAUAAUCUUAUGCUCAGGUGGUACCUUUUAGCAAAUUCUAGUGUGCUUGUAUCUGAGAGUCUUGUUUCAAAAUACACAAAUUCCAUUUUAGCUAUAUGGUUUUGAGCCCUAUGCAAAAAGUGUGCAUUUUUUUGCACUACUUUCAGCAGUAAAUUUUUUAUGGAUUUACGAAUAGUUGCAUUAUUCCUUUUGUAUUUGGAGAUCAGGGAUGCAGUACUUAGAUUUUAAAAAUGCCCCCUGCUGUUUAUAAUAGCAAUUAAGUUAUGUGAAUCCCCCAUCUCCAGGAGCCACCUACAUCAUUUCACUAAUGUAACCACCGCCUUAUCUUGGGAAUGUGAUAAUUAUGUUGUACAUAAAACCUUUUUCUUUUCAGAUCACUUAUAAAGUGCUUACAAACUGUAAAUGUACUAAAAAAUUACUAACAUUUGUAUUUACAGAAAUUGUCUAUAUGCCUAAAAAUGUCAUUAAAUCUUGAAUGAAUGACGAUUUUACGUGUAUGUUUGUAGUUUUCCAGCUCACAGGCUUUGUAUCUAAAAUAAAUAUCUUGGCUGAAGAACCCUUUUCUCAAUGUAAAUUGCACAUAGCGAUGGUUACUCAUUAUAAUGAACCAGUAUACUACUUGUAUUUUAAUGCAAGUUAUGGAAAUGUCAGUCAUAAUGUAAAUGUAAAAUUAAAUCAAUGACAACAUUC